AUGCGACGACCAGCAACCGUCUUUGAGAUACCCCACCUGUUGGACGCAAUAUGCGACAAUCUCUCAGGGCGCGAUACCUGGAACUGCUACCGCUGCAGCAGGUCCUGGCGGCUCCUCUUCGACAUCUACCGCUACAGGCACAUCCGCUUCGCCAAUUUGAACUCUUCGCAAACAUGGUAUAUUCUCCAUCACAGCCAUCAAAUCCAGGACCUCCAAAUCGAUCUCUUGGAUGGGGGACUCCUCCUCAAUUCUGGUUGUACAAACCUCUGGAAAUUGGUCUGCGUCGAUUUCGGAUACGCAAAAACGGCCGAGGAGUACUACGAAUUCGAGGAUUAUUACAACAUCCAUCCGAGGGGCCCUGAAUUGAUCGACUCCUCUAUCAAUGCCCUGGGUCUCAUCGCCAGGAACCCGAAACUGGAACACUUGGAGGUGAGGCAUCCAUCUCUCACACAUCGGAUGCAGGUCCUCAACGGUUCGAUCCUCAGAGCCCUCUCGACCCAUUCUUCCUUGACGACGAUUAUCCUCGAGGUUCAGUUAAGCAGCUUGCAGGCCGCAUUGUUCUUGAACCACCUCCCCGAGGGCAUCGUCGAUCUGCAACUAUGGACAGAACAAACCCGUUCGGAUCUUCACGAAUACCAUUUCUGGGACGCACGCUUUCUUGCUCCCAAUACAAGGCAUCUCACCGCUCUUCGCAGCCUGGCUUUGGUGGGCACGAUGCCCUGCACAAGAGAAAGCCUGGUGGUCAAAUUCCUGAGACGAUGUCCCGCCCUUGAGGUGAUCACCGUACCGUACAUCCUCACCCGCAACUAUGAUGAUCUAGCCUGUACGCUGAGGAUAUACUGUCCAAAACUCCAUACACUCAAUCAAGCGAUCGCGUGCAGGCUCUAUCUUUGUGGGACCAAGAUCAGGCGGCUACUGGGAGGCUUCGCGUACGGCGCGCCGCGGGAGUUGUGGUUGGGGACCGUGUGUUUGAACGAGGACUUUUGGGGCACGGAUCGCGACUUUUUAUGGGUGCUGCUCAAUAGGUCCAGGGCUGCGGAAACACUUGAGGUGCUGAGGAUGUGUUCACAGUUGCGUGGGUGGAUGGAGGUCCCACAGAUGUUGCGUUAUUGUAGCAACCUGCGAGAACUCUCUGUGGAGAGCGACCAGAACCGGGACGAUGGGGUCGAGCUUUCGGAUGUGGUUGCGUCUCUGAGCGGGCCUUGGGAGUGUUGGGCGACGUUGGAGAUCCUGCGGCUCGAUAUCGUCACGACGCCUCCUGUCUUGGACGAGAUAGAAGUAGAGUCUGUGGCCGAGUCAGAGGCAAGUUCAGGGGCAGAGUCAGAGGCAGAGUCAGAGGCCGAGUCAGAGGUAGAGUCAGAGGUAGAGUCAGAGGUAGAGUCAGAGGCAAGUUCAGAGGCAAGUUCAGAGGCGGACCUUGGUCGAGGCUAUUAUGGUCGACGGAGCGAAGAGCAGUGGUGUACAUUGCGCUAUAUAGGUCGCCUGUUUGAGCGUCUGCAUUUGCUUCCAAAGCUGACAGUUCUGGAGUUGAACUGGAAGUCCAGCUGUUCUGGAGAGGAUCCGAUACCAUUGGAAACGGCCCUCGCCUACGUGAAUGAGUAUCUAGCAGAGCGGGGUACGGCACUGAUGACAAAAAAGGACGUGGAGUGGAUGGGGUUAGGCUGGCCAACGUUCGAGGAGAUCCGUCGGGAUGCGGAGCUAUGGACAAUGUGCGAGGUCGCUGCUACAGAGAGGACUGGUUGCGAGUUUUAUUACUAUCCUUCUAGAUCGGAUGUUGAGGAAUUCGAGGACGAGAUCGAGGAGGAAGAGGAGGAAGAGGAAGAAGAGGAGGGAUGCCAGGAUAUGGAUGCGCCGUGGCGGCUGAAUCGAAAGCGGUACAAUAAGGAAGGAGUGAUGCACUGUCGAAGGUCGCUGAGGAAUAGUCCGACCUGGUUCCGGACACGAUCAAUACACUAA